AUGAGAGAUGACUUUUCAUCACAGAACAGUAAAGUGAAUUCUCAUGCUGAUGCCAUUAAAACACUAGAAGGUCAAUUGAAUCUAUUAUCAGCUCAAUGGACAUCCAGGACACUAAUGAAAGAUAAUGAAAGAGGGCUAGUUGUGGUUACCCAUAGUGGAAAGACGGCAAAAGGGAAUGAGAUGGAGGAUGAGGACCCUCGAACGCAGGAAGGGAGCCAGGGUAUAGAGGAACGAGAAUUUCCUAGUCCACAAAACCUUGCCAAAGAACCACAAGAGGAUGUAGAGCAACACAGUCAAGUUCCAAAAGUCAUGCACCUUUUGCCCAAAAUACCUCCACCAUUUCCUCAACCAUUGUUAGAAAUUUCAGGAUACGCCAAAUUCAUGAAAGAGCUGGUUACAAAGAAAAGGAGCUUGGAGUAUGAAACGAUCGAUGUGCCCCAUAGUUGCAGUGCAAUUAUGACAAAUGAGUCAAUCAUUAAGAGAGAAGAUCCUGGGGCAUUCACAAUCCCAUGCACAAUUGGCAUGUUCCAAUUCGCUAAAGCUUUGUGCGAUUUAGGAGCAAGCAUUAACUUGAUGCACUAUGCAAUAUAUAAGCAACAUGGUUUGAGUGAACCAAAGGCAACCACAAUGAGACUCCUUAUGGCAGAUCGAUCAAUCAAGCACCCCGUAGGGAUACUCUAUGACAUACUGGUAAAAGUAGAUCGGUUCAUCUUUUCGGCCGAUUUUGUGAUUCUGGAUUGCAAGAUUGAUGAUGAAAUCCCCAUUAUUUUGGGAAGGCCAUUCUUAGCUACCGGGAGAGCAUAG